CCCCAAGCCUCGUCUUCACCGGCCCCCCCCGCCAAGGCAAACUAGACCCGCCAUACCCAAGCCAUCUUUCAUCCACCAGCAAACCAGCGUCCUCCUCCUCGUCAUGGAUCGAAUCAAAGUACUUAUACCCCGUUCCUCCCCCGCGUUUUCAUCCGUUGCACAUGCCCUACCCAAACUUUCUUCAAACGUUCAGAAUUAUCUGGGGAAGAAAGUAAAGUCCUUCUUUGUUACAACACAAGUUCUCUUUUGGUAUAAAAGAAACUCUGUUGAUAGUAUACAAUAGAGUUACUUUACAAACCUUGCUUUUCCUGGACAGCACUCGUUCCAUGCCCCAAGCCUUAUCGUGGCCAUCGUCUGAUGGCUGAGUUCCCAAAGCACCCCUUCUUGCUCACCGUCGAGGAGACAGCGCAGGCUCUCGGAACCAAUGUCGACAGGGGACUUACCUCGGAGCAGGUCUCCGCCUUGCAGGCGAGAUACCCCAAGAAUGAGCUCGACGUCGGCGGGACCAUUCCUUGGUACAGCAUCCUGGCCAAGCAGAUGCUCAAUGCCAUGAUCAUUGUCCUCGUCUUUGCCAUGGCUCUCAGCUUCGGCAUCCAGGAUUACAUCGAAGGCGGAGUCCUCGCCUGCGUCAUCUUCCUCAAUGUCACCAUCGGCUUCUGGCAGGAAUACCGCGCAGAGAAGCGCAUGGAUGCUCUCCGCGCCCUGUCCUCGCCCAGUGCCAUGGUGCUCCGUGAUGGUCACACCCAGGUGAUCCCCAACAACACCAGCGCAACAAACAUGGCCACCUCGGAAGACGACCUCGGCAUCGCCGACCGGACAAACAUGGCCUACGCAACAACCACCGUCCAAAAGGGCCGCGGCAGGGGCAUCGCCGUCGCGACCGGCAUGGCCACCGAGGUCGGCAAGAUCGCCGCCUCCUCCUCCGCCAAGAAGCACCACCGCAAGGCCGGCCGCUCCAUGAACUGGCGCAAGUACGGCAAGGCCCAGCCCGUCGUCGGCCUGUCCAAGCGCAUCUACGACGUCGUCGGCAAGUUCCUGGGGCUGACCGUCGGCACGCCGCUGCAGAGAAAGCUGUCCGCGCUGGCGUACGUGCUGUUUGGGUGUGCCGUCGGGCUGGCGCUGGUGGUGUUUGGCGUGAAUCGUUUCAAUAUGCGGCAUGAGGUGAUCAUUUAUGCGACGUCCUUGGGCAUUGCCAUCAUUCCGGAGUCCCUUGUUGCUGUCCUGACAAUCACAAUGGUCGUCGCCGUAACCGUCAUGCGCAAAGCCAACGUCGUCGUCCGCGACCUCUCCGCCCUCGAAGCCCUCGGCGGCGUCACAAACAUCUGCUCCGACAAAACCGGCACUCUGACCGAAGGCGCCAUGAUUGUCCGCCAAGCCUGGAUCCCCUCCUCUCACAUCUACACCGUCCACGACUCGCAGAACCCGAAUGAUCCCACGAGGGGCCGCGUCCUGUACACUCAGGCCAACAAAGACGAGGAGAAGCAGCAGCAGCAACAACAACCCACGGACGAAGCGAACAAGGAGAAGCAGCCGCAGCGCGACUACGACAAAGAACGCAGCUCUGCCGUCCUCAAGUUCGACGUCCCGGAUGAGAAGCUCAACCCCUCGCCUCCUCAACAGGCACCGAGUCCCGAGUCGGAAACGAAGAUGACGGACCAACUCCGUGCUUUCCUGCUUUCGUCUGCGCUCUGCAACCUCGCCACCGUGCGCUUCGAUCAAGAUGAAGAAAAGUGGCAGACGACUGGUGAGCCGACAGAGAUUGCACUCCAAGUCUUUGCCCAUCGCUUCGGACACGGCAAGAAGAGCCUCGAGGGGCAAGGCUGGGAGCAAGUCGCCGAGUUCCCCUUUGAUAGCUCCAUCAAGCGCAUGUCGGUCAUCUACAACGCUCCCGAGGACGAUAGCAACAGCAGUCUGGUUGCCAGCGAUUCUCGCAAUAGCCUUGUAUUCACAAAGGGCGCCGUUGAGCGCAUCCUCGACUUGUGCGCCUUUGCAGGCAUUGGCAAGGAUCAGCAGCCCAUGACAGACGAGCUCAAGGAGACGGUCCUCAGCCAAAUGAAUUCCCUCGCAUCACAGGGCCAACGCGUGCUUGCCGUCGCAUACAGACCGUGGAAAGGAAGAUUCACUGCCAAGCAGUCAAGCUCUAGCUCUGCCGAGGAAGACAACAGACUGCGCUCAGAAGUCGAGCAGAACCUCAUCCUCGUCGGUCUCGCCGGCAUCUACGAUCCUCCCCGUAGGGAGACCAAGGCUUCCAUCAGCGAGUGCUCGCAGGCCGGCAUCAAAGUCCACAUGCUCACAGGCGACCACCCGGAGACGGCCAAGGCCAUCGCCAAAGAGGUUGGCAUCAUCCCCAGGAACCUCAGCAUCCUGCCCGAAAACGUCGCCGCUUCCAUCGUCGUCAAGGCAACAGAGUUCGACCGGAUGACAGACGCCGAGAUUGACGCCCUGGAAGAACUCCCGCUCGUCAUUGCCCGCUGCGCCCCAGACACCAAAACGCGCAUGAUCGAGGCCCUCCGCCGCCGCGGCGCCUUCAUGGCCAUGACGGGCGACGGCGUCAACGAUGCGCCCUCGCUCUCCCGCGCAGACGUCGGCAUCGCCAUGGGCUCCGGCUCCGACGUCGCCAAGUCCGCCGCCAAAAUCGUCCUCACUGACGACAAGUUCAACUCCAUCGUCGCCGCCAUCCGCGAAGGCCGCCGCAUGUUCGACAACAUCCAAAAGUUCGUCCUGCACCUCCUCGCCUCCAACGUCGGCGAGGUCAUCCUGCUCGUCGCCGGCCUCGCCUUUGUCGACAGCAUGGGCUUCUCCGUCUUCCCCGUGUCUCCGCUGCAAAUCAUCUGGAUCAACAUGGCGACGUCGUCCUUUCCCGCGUUUGGGCUCGGCCGUGAGGCUGCCGCGCGCGAGGUCAUGCGCAAGGCACCCCAGAGCAAAAAGCGAGGCGUCUUCACCAACCAGAUCAUCGUCGACAUGAUUGUGUACGGCCUCCUUAUGGGUGCGUGUACCCUGUGCACGUUCUGCAUCGUUAUCUACGGUGCCAACGACGGGAACCUCGGAACGGACUGCAACACGCACUUCUCUGACUCGUGCGUUCCCGUGUUCCGCGCUCGAGCAGCGACCUUUGCGCUCCUGACGUGGCUCAUCCUCAUUUCCGCGUGGGAGUUCAAGAGCCUCCGCCGGUCCAUGUUCCGACUCAAUCCCGAUGACGAUAGCGUCUUCCCCUUCUUCAAGGACGUAUACAGCAACCGGUUCCUGUUCUGGUCCGUCGUCAUCGGCGGCUUGUCCGUCUUCCCCGUCGUCUACAUCCCGUUCCUCAACACUCGAUUCUUCAAGCACACGGGCAUCUCCUGGGAAUGGACGCUCUCCGUGGGCUUCACGCUGGUCUAUGUCACGGGCGUCGAGCUGUGGAAGCUGGCCAAGCGGCAGUUUCGGCUGCUGGAAGACGGUCCCGUACAGAGGGGCGCCUGGGGUCAGGGAGGGCCGGAAGAUGACGGACCCAGAUUCAAGAAGGCAUUUUCCAUAUCGAGCUUCAAGACAUGGGUGUCCCUUUCGAGGAGAGAAACGGGAGAUAGUGCGAUGCGGGCAAACACGCAGGCUCGCUCGCCUGUAUGAGGGAGCG